AUGGCGUCCAGUAUACCCCUCACCAAGCAGCAGGAAGACAUACUAGAACAAUUUCGUAGACAAGUAUUCGAGGAGGACAUCCUUCAUGAAGGUGAUUCGAUAGGGACUGACGAUCUGACCUUGCUUCGGUUCUUGCGAGCAAGAAAAUUCAAUCUCAAUGAGGCGAAGAAGAUGAUUAGAAACGCUCAGCACUGGCGCAAAACUGUCGCCGGUGUUGGCAUAGACGAGUUGUACAACCAACUCGAUAUAUUCAAUUACCCUGGUCGCGAACAUGUCUUCAGGUCUUGGUCAAUGUAUUUCCACAAGGCAUAUAAGAUUGGACGACCUUUGAACGUGCAGUUCCUUGCCGGCUGCGACUUAUCUGAGCUCUACAAAUAUAUUACCCCUGACAAACAUUGGGAAACAAUCGUUGUAUCAACGGAAACCCUCGCCCGUAAGGUAAUCCCCGCUGCUAGCCAUGCAGCAGGCCAUCAUAUUGGUGGGGUACUCGCUAUCGUAGAUCUCAAAGGAUUUGGCCUGUCUCAGUUUUGGCAAGUGAAGUCUUUGACACAAGCCUCUCUUCAGAUGUCGCAAGAUUACUAUCCGGAGAUAAUGGCCAAGCUUGCUAUCGUCAACGCCCCAUCUUCGUUCACGUUUAUCUGGUCCAUCAUCAAACCAUGGCUGUCGAAAGAGACAGCCGAGAAAGUCGAUGUGCUAGGGUCGGAUUAUCAGAGCGUUCUUCUCGAACUGGUCGAUGCUGAGAACUUACCUACCACUCUUGGCGGAAAGUGCACCUGCGAGAACGCCGGUGGUUGCGAUUUGAGCGGGGCGGGUCCAUGGAUGGAUGAAAGACUUGCACAACGAAAGCAGGAAACAAACGGUACUUUCACCGUGGACGCUAGAGCAGAACCUGUGUCCGACCUGUGGGAGACGUAG